ACAUGUAAAAUUGAGGCCAACGAUGAUUUUUUCAGAGAACACGUCAACAUGGAGGAGAAGGAAGAUCAAAUUUGGAAGAGUGGAAUUUUUUCAACAAUUCUAAUUGAUAUAUUCUUAUUCAAUUUAAUUGGCAUUAUAAAGACUACUAUUCCUUAGUAUAAUGAGUGGAUUUCGUGUAUUGGAUUUAGUAGGGCCAUUUGCUCCAUUUGUUCCUGAAGUUAUAGCUCCUGAAAGGAAGGUUUCCUUUCAACAAAGAGUUAUGUGGACUGGUAUAACACUUUUAAUUUUCUUAGUUAUGUCAGAAAUUCCAUUAUAUGGGAUUGUAUCCAGUGAUUCAAGUGAUCCAUUAUUUUGGUUAAGAAUGAUGUUAGCAUCAAAUCGUGGUACUUUAAUGGAAUUAGGUAUUACCCCAGUUGUAAGUGCGGGAAUGGUAUUUCAAUUAUUAACUGGUACUAAAUUAAUUCAUGUUGAUAUGACUAAUAAAAAUGAUAGAGAACAAUAUCAAACUGCUCAAAAAUUAUUUGCUAUUUUAUUAUCAAUUGGUCAAGCUACUGUUUAUGUUUUGACUGGUAUGUAUGGUCCUCCAUCAGCUUUAGGAACUGGUGUUUGUUUAUUAUUAAUCUUACAAUUGGUUUUCGCUGGUAUAAUUGUAAUCCUUUUAGAUGAAUUAUUACAAAAGGGUUAUGGUUUAGGUAGUGGUAUUUCAUUAUUUACUGCCACCAAUGUUUGUGAACAAGUAUUUUGGAAAGCUUUUGCUCCAACAACUUCAAAUUCUGGUAGAGGUACUGAAUUUGAUGGUGCAGUUGUUGCUUUAUUCCAUUUAUUAGGUUCUCGUAAAGAUAAGAAGAGGGCUUUAUUAGAGGCUUUUUAUAGAACAAAUUCUCCAAACAUGAUUCAAUUAAUUGCCACUGUAUUUGUAUUUUUUGCUGUUGUUUAUUUACAAGGCUUCAGAGUUGAAUUACCCCUUAAAUCAACUAGACAGAGAGGACCUCAUGGUGUGUAUCCAAUUAGAUUAUUCUAUACAUCUAAUAUUCCAAUUAUGUUACAAAGUGCUUUAUCAUCCAAUAUUUUCAUUAUUUCACAAAUGCUUUUUGUUAGAUGGCCUAAUAAUGUAUUAGUUAAAGUUUUAGGUAGUUGGGAUACUAGACAAGGUGGAUCUCAAUUAUUUGCUGUUGGUGGAUUGGCUUAUUAUAUUCAACCACCAUUCUCAUUUACUGAAGCUUUAUUGGAUCCAAUUAAGACUGUUAUCUAUAUUACUUUUGUUUUAGGUUCUUGUGCACUUUUCUCUACUACUUGGAUCGAUAUUAGUGGUACUUCUCCAAGAGAUAUUGCUAAACAAUUUAAGGAACAAGGUUUAGUCAUUGCUGGAUUCAGAGAUACUUCUGCUUAUAGAGAAUUAAAGAAGAUUAUUCCAACUGCUGCAGCUUUUGGUGGUGCAACUAUUGGUGCAUUAUCUGUUGUAUGUGACUUAAUGGGUACUUUAGGUUCAGGUACUUCUAUUUUAUUAGCUGUCACUACAAUUUAUGGUUAUUAUGAGUUAGCCGUAAAAGAAGGUGGAUUCAAUAAAUCUAUUGUUAGUGGAUUCUCCGAUGGAAUUUAAUCCAUUUAACACCUUUUUAUAAUUAUACUUCUUCAUGUUUAUAUGUAAUUAGUUCAUUAAUGCAUUUAUUUUACCAGUUAAGUAAUAGUGUUCCAAAAGUGCGAUUACCCUUUUGGGCGU